UGACUAAAGAUUCCCUCCGCAGUUGGGCAAGCGCGGGGGCCGAGACUCGACACCACACCAACGAACUUAGUGGGUCAGCCGUGGGCGUUCUGGCAGCAUGGUCUGUCUAUUCUCACUGCGUGAAUCGGAUGUAGGACUUUCGAAUCCUGCGCGACGUAGAGAGGAUGCCGGCGUAUUGGAGGGAGAAGCAUGUCGUAUCACACCUUCCAUGUCGCCAAAGCCGAUGCACAGCCCGACGAUUCACAGGCGCGACGCCGCAUUUCGACCACUCUCGCAUGUCUAGAGUGCCGACGAAGGAAGACCAGGUGUGAUGGCGGGCAUCCCUGUCAGCAAUGCCUCUGGUAUAAUCAUCCCAGAUUGUGUAGCUAUCCAAAGCAGACACGGAGAGCAGCCUCCACCCGAGCCAGCAAUGUCGAUAGUCUGCAAGCUCGUGUCGAGCUACUGACGGGGGUUUGUUCAAAGCUUUUCCCAGAGCACGAUCCCGAGCAAUUGGCAACGUUGAGUCGGAAGGAACUCGUGCGCUUGGUGCAACGUCUGGAUGCCUCGAGCCCGGCCUCUGAUAGCAAUGCAACGGCCGCUCUCGCAAGUGCGAGCAGCGGAGCAGGCAAUGCCGGCGCUCUACUUGACAAUGUAAGCUCCAACGACUUCUCGGAAACCGCACCGCACUCGUCAGCCGGCGCCGAGAGUCUGUCAGCUCUCGAGCAGGCCCCCGAGCGAGAUCCUGCUGCGGACGAGGCGCAACGAUAUGGAAGACACAUGUGGACUGUCGCGGACGAUGUCAAUGCUCUCUCCAUCUCGGUCCGCCAAAGGACGUCGUACGUCGGCGUUUCAUCCAUCAGCGCAGCUCUCGAGGUUAUCUUCAAGAUCGAGCCGUCGGUCCGGGCUUGGAUGGCGCAAUAUCAUACAGAGACAUCGAACUCGAGCCGGCGAAAUUCGAAUUCGCCAAACAGAUUGCUACUGGAUUUCAAUGGUGACCCGACUACAUUGCCCCCGGCGGAUGUUGGCGAAAGGUACAUCGACAUGUACUUCAUGCGUGUGCAUCCUAUGAUGCCCAUGAUUGACGAGCAAGAGUUCCGCUAUCUCUACCUCUAUACCAACCGCAGAGAUGCACCCUGGUCGAUGCUACUCAAUAUCGUCCUAGCCUUAGGCUCGCUCGCGGACCCCACCUCAACGAAAGAAGAGCAUCUACUGUUCUCGCAUCGCGUGCGCGUACAAUUCUCGCUCGAGCUUUUCGGAAGUGGUAAUCUCUUUGUCCUACAGGCUCUUGGCUUGCUGACCGGGUACUAUCUCCACUGGCUGAGCCGUCCAAACGAAGCCAAUGCAUUGAUGGGCGCCGCCCUCCGCAUGGCUGUCGCGAUGGGGCUGCACCGCGAGUUCAGCAGCCCGCAAAAAUCCGGCACGGCCGAGAUACCGGUGGAGACGCGACGGCGGACAUGGUGGAGUCUGGUCUGUCUCGAUACCUGGGCAUCUAUGAGCACUGGUCGCCCCUCGCUUGGUCGCCUCGGAGCAGCCGUCACCGUCAAGACGCCGCAGAUUCCCGAGCAAACGAACAACGCUCAAUAUCUCGCGUCCAUCAAGCUGCUGCCUCUCGUUCACAGCGUCAGGUUCUGCAAACUCGCCACUCAUAUUCAGGACAAGCUCGCCAGCCAGACGACUCUCGAGACGAGCGAAUUAGCCGUCCUUGAUGGCGAGCUUGUUCAGUGGCAUCGAGAAUUACCUCCCAUCCUUCUCACUGUCACGAACCCCCCGCCCCCGUCCACAACUACUCCGAUAUACGGCCAAGAGCCUGUAUCCGGGCCCGUCCAAGCAUACAGCGACUGCCCGGAACAAUUGAGGACACCAAGACUGGUUAUGUACUGGUGGUACAUGACGCUGCGCGUCCUCGCCCAUCGGCCCUUACUACUGGCGAGCGCACUGCGACGCCUACCCUACAACGCAUUAUCAGAGGAGGAACAGAUUGUCGUCGCCAAAUGCCGCAAACUCGCGGCGCAGACGAUCGAAGACAUCAACGUUGCAUGCCCGAACGAAGUCAUCGCAAAUUGGAACGCCGUAUGGAUGAUGUACCAAGCCGUCAUGGUGCCCAUGGUUUCGCUCUCCCUGCACAACUCCUUGUGGCGCACGUCAGGGGUUCACGCGGCCGCAGAGGAAGAAGUGGAAGCAUGGCGGGGACAGAUUCACACUGCCAUUGCAUUCUUCAGUCGCAAGGAUCUUUCCCUGUCGCGGAAAUGCAAGAAUAUGCUUCAAAGACUCUGCGACGCUAAUUGCAGCCUCGAACACCCCGCCGCUCCGCUGCAGCCUCAAUCGUCUAUGCCUGUUCCAGCGAGCAAUGCUGUCAAAGACAGUCGCAGCACUCAGGCGUUGCCGACGUCUUACGACGACACGGACAUGCUGACCAGCGAAAUGAAUUUGGACGAGUGGCUCCAAACGUAUGAUGACCCUCUGGAUGAAUCAAUGGCAUGGAACGAUGCCAUAUGGAGGCAUGAGGCUGAGCAGCCCUUUCAAUGACUGAUGUAUACCCCUUGGAACUCUUCUUCAUCUUCCUGAGCACGCAUUACAAGGAUUUUCGGCCGCGUUGACGAUAUGGCAGCCGAUGAUACUGGAGAGGUAAAA